GCUCGUACCAAAGCCAAAGAUUUCGAGGAUGAGGCAGUGCUGGCCGGGGCCUUGCGGCUCCUCUUCCGCUCGGCAAAGCACGCAGAGGUCAUUUUUGGGGAGAAGCAUGCACGACAGCGACUCCACCGAGAGGAGCUCCCAAAGGGUUACCUGGAUGUCGCGGCCGCUCUCCGCGAUGUCUUCCAGCAGCAAGUCGAACAGGGCCAUGAGAGCCGCAGCUUCGGGAAGGCCAUGUUGGACCGCUGUACAUCUUGGCGGGCAGCCUUCAAGGAAGAUGCAUCCAGCAGAGAUGCAGAGCUCGCCAAGCUGGUCCAAGAAUGUGGUCUGGAGGUCGUCUCCGAUUCCUGA